AUGGCCAGCUGGGUGGCGUUGAAUAUCGAACCGGACGAGGCAGUCGAAGAGGAAGUCGAUGACACUAAGGAAAUUCAGAUCGAGGAGGCCCUGAAGCUCUAUCAAAAUGCCUUGAAGCUCCAUUCCCAGGGUCCGCAGUUUUAUGCGCAAGCCGCGGAAGCCUAUGAUGCUCUAUUGGAAUCCGAGAUAUUCAAAUAUCCAGAGUCAGUUUCGGAUUAUAAGCGCGUCGCCCUUCACGACCCUGAACCAUUUCACUAUGAUGAUGCAGCAGGUGCGGGUGCAGCACAAGCACUCGCGGAGUUUGAUAUCAGUGACUCCACUUCUAGCACUCUGAUGCAGACUAUCUACCUGUCAUAUAAGAACCAUGGACAGUACAUCCUAGAUGCGUUGCGCGCAUCUUUACAGGAUGUUUCGAACUCAUCUGAUGCGGCCGAAGACUCUCAAGUGAAAGUCAAUGAAAAAACCAGGGCAGCUUUGACGUCGUUCGCAGAGGCCCUGGAGCGCGAUGACUCGGAUUUGAACCUCUGGAGACAGAGCGCAAGACUUUGUAGUGCCCUGCAAAGUUACCGACUAACACGAUACUGUCUUGAAAGCGUCCUUGCAGAUGACGAUAACCGCCUAGAGAUUCAGACAGAGCAACUGGGACUAGAAGAGACUUUUGCCGAGGAGCGCCUGCGCGGUGUGUUACGGUCGCUGCUUGACAGACUGUCCUUGGCCCAAGUCCCACUGAAAAAGCCAAAGAAAGCUCUCCUUAAGUUUCUACAACGCCAGGCAGAUCCAUAUCCUUACCUCCCUAUUCUGCCAUUGGAUCUCCGGGACACGGAUCCGUCGAAGAGCCCUCUUGCCCUACGCAGUUCUCGCCAUGAGGUCAAGCCCGUUAGCCCUACUUGGGCAGCUGUUGGCAGGUCUAUACUCCAAAGGCUCGUUGAAGAAGAAAUCGGUGCUUUGGAGACAGGACCCGGAACAUCUAUUGGCAUAUCUUUGCCAGCUCUCAGUCCUGAGAUGAAGGCUAUAGGAUCUCAGCGUCGAGCCUCGAAUGCACAGGUUGGCGACAUCAAAUUAAACCAACAGCAAGAUGUUGUCAUGUCUGAAGAAACCCAACCAAAUGUGAAAAUCGAAGGUCCCGAUGCCGUUGUAGAGCAAGUCGAUGACCAUUCAUCUAUCGAUCAGCGCGCCGAGAAGCAGCUCAUGGAAUCUCUAGAGAUCCAGUCAACUCAGCCACACAAUCCGGGCAGUCAGCAGGAAACUGCAAAUGCUGAAGAGGUUGAUGUAAAACCGCAUUCAAGUGGACGGAAACGAUCCUCUGCUUCGGCUGUAACAGAGGACCAGGCAGACCGUAUCCGGGCGAAAGCCAGGAGAACCCGUCUCCGUGAAGCUACCGAGGAUGUUUCCUUUCAAGCAGAAGAGGUCACUCUCGAUCUGAAUAAGUACUAUGAGGACCGUCUCGAAGGGUUUACUCAAGCCGAUGAAUGGUUGUUUAGUACUGUAGGCUCUUUGCUAUCCAAAUUUGGGGUGGAGGAUCUGGGAGUCAUUGAUGAUCUGAGAAAACAAGUCUGCUCUACCAACGAGAGCAAUGACUCCGCAAACCUCAUUGCUGUUGAGGAUACAGGACAUCUAUUUGCCCGGGAUCUAAUGGACCUUCUGAAAAAUUGGGACGAAGCUAAAUCUCAAGUCAUGCACCAGCCAGACAACCUUUCCACCCUUCAGGAUAUCCGAGGUAUGGGAAAGUCUGGACUCGCGAUCUUUCUAGAACACUCUAGGAAGUCGACCAGAAAAUUGGGCAUGAAGCAGGUCCUCUCCGGAGAAGAUGAAUUAUACAUGUUCCUCAGGACGAUUAAUGAUGGAUGGUUUCACAUACAUGAUGUCGCCCUUUGCUGGCUCAAAACGCUUCUAAUGCCAGACUUCGCGAGAUGCGCAACAGAUGAUAUGGUACCCCAGGACUGGCCCGUCAUGGAGUCGGCGUAUACUCUUUACCAGUGGCCUGAUGUCUUGAAAGAAACAGUGGUGCAACUACUGCUGCAUGAAGACGAACACGUUUACAAACAAAUGCGCGAACACGUCGAUGAGCUAGAAAACCGAAUACUGUCCAGUGCUACAGAGAAAUCGUUUACCUACACUCUGAAACAUUUCGCGGAUCUGGAGAUGCUUCAAACACUAUUCGAGCUUCAUCUCGAUGUAUAUGCAUCCAUAAACAAUCCAAACAGUGAGGUGGACGGCAGAACGAGAAUUUUGCAGCGAGAUCGGUUGGAACGAUGGUGCUUACUCGCACGAACAUCGCUUACUCACUUCCUGGAAUACAGCUCUCCCAGCAAUGCCCGAGAAAGAGUCGUUCUUCGUCACAUUUGGGCAUCGACGUUCCAUUCAAAUAUGGGUAGAGAUAUCCAGAGAGAACACGUACUGCUUUGUCUCCAAGAACUGAAGUUUUUCUUGACGUCUCUCAACAAUCCAGUGAUAAACCUUGUUAACAAUGCAGUAAUGCCCGAGUUGUCCUUGGAAGCAGUUGACCAGGAGAUCUCAAAAUUGAAGUCGAUGGAUUUCUUCAUGAGGAUCUUCAACCCGACGUCAGACGAUCCUGUUGGUCUGAUCGAGACCAUUGAGCCUAUCCUUGAACCCUCCUCUGUCCUAUUCGUCCAAGACGGCCUCGAUGAAAAAGAAUCAGAGCAAUCAGCUUCACAGCUCCGUGAAAUGGGCUCCUUCCUGGAUCGGGGAGAUGCCAGCUUAAGACUUUUUCUCUGGAGGAGGCUGCAAGACGCAUACAAAAAGAUCGAGUACCCUCCCAAGGUCGUGUCUUGCUACCUGCGCAGCAUCGAGACAAUUCUGAGAGAGCUCCGGAGUCCAGCACAUCUUGAGGAACCCCGUGAGCACCGACAGAUCACCCUGCUUAGGUGGCUGAAAUCACUUGACGGCAUCUUGAACAAGGCUGUAACAACCAUCUUGCACGAAUCAGACAAGGCAUAUGAGUGCUUUGACAUGGACCAUCUGAGGUCGUCAAUGUCCGCAGUGGCUCAUUUGACCAAACUUUUGCAUAGCUUUGCAUUGUACGAGGAUUUGGUUCGUGUUGGAAAACUUUCGGGCCCGGAUCUCCGUGGGGCUUUGGCGAAAUCCCUGGAAAGCCUCAAGGACAAGCUACGCGAAAUGCAGGUCCGUUGUUGGAUCCUGCAAUAUACGCUAAUAAAAGAAGCCAUCGCGCAGAAUGAUGAAGCGUUCGAAACCCCCUUGGAAGAUCGUAUACAUUACUUACGAUCCGUCCAUAAUGCACUCGGCAUCCGCAGGAUGUGCAGGUUCUCCCACAAGCAAUUCCUCAAAUUGGUCAGGUCCGAGCUGUUCACUCUAGAUGUGAAACAGGACGUUGAACUAGAUAUCUGUCAGAUCCUGUACGACAUCUACGGUAUCAAGUUGUCGCCUGUAGACGGUCUAUUGUAUGACCAUGGAUGUCCUCCCGAGAAGCUAGACCGCUCCACGGCUAUCGUCAUGGUAGACUUCGUCAUGAGGCAGGCUAAGAAGAUGAAUAUCAAAGAUUUGUCCAAGUCAGAGCUGAAGUCCACAAUUGAUAAGAUGCAGCAAGCCAUCGGUACUACAAAGUCGUCGCCUCCGCUAUCAUACAACAAGCGGAUUAUCACUGCAUACCUGAAGUCUCCCUUGAAUCCUUCGGAAAUCUUCCGUGCCAUCCAGGGAGUUGCAGAUCUUCCGUUGAUUCCCGUACCUGCGGAGAGUGCGAUUAUCGCCCAGAACGGCUGGUAUUUCCUUCUGGGUCAUGCUGCUUUAACCAAAUUUCGCUCCCAGAAGCGUCUGAAUCCUGUACCGACUACCGACCUUGAUGAUGCCAUCACAUGGUUUAGACAAGAUCUGGAGCACGGAACAACAAGAUGGGAAUCCUGGUACCGACUUGCUCAGACGUACGACUCAAAGCUAGAGGAAGACAUUACCUGGUCCGCCGACAAGAUCAAUAACAAUCGGAUGGAGCUGGUCACUUGGCAGCGCAAUGCAAUACAUUGCUAUGCCAUGGCCAUUGCAACGGCGAUCAAACACUCAGCCCCAACUCUCGAGACUCGUGCCAUGCUUUCAGAUUUGUUCACGGAUUUCGGUAUCCGUUUAUACUCCUCUUCCCGUGCGCCACUUUCCAUGGGGGCUUUCAGUCUAGCCGAUUUCACGCGGCACUUCAGCAACGAGGAAAGUCAGCGCAUGUAUGAAGGGAGGCCUUUCCAAGAGAUGAAGCUGUAUACUGUCUGGAACCUUGCGAGCUAUCUACUUAAGCGUGCCCUUGUUGACAAGCCCAAGAACUGGAUGACUCAUUAUAUGCUGAGCAAAUGUCUCUGGAAGAUGUAUAGUUGUGAUGAAUCUGUAAGAGAUACUUUCACACGAAUCGAUGUUGACGUGGUCCUGGAUUCGCUGCUUGAUGCCAUCGAUGCCCUUCCGCAACGGAAGGAUUCGCGCUCGGAUCCUAUUUUCGAACCUCAUUAUAAGCUGGUAUCCAUAGUGCAUAAGCUUGUGCAUCGCGGUGAUCUAACGGCCGCAGAGGGAAGCAAAACGCUUCUAGCCACUCCUUGGGCUCGCAAGGUGCGACCCCCAGAAGACCAGACGGCGUGGAAAAGAUAUAUCCUCGAUGUACUGCGAAACUUGAAGAGUGCAGAUAAGUCGAAUUGGCAUCACCGUAUGGCUGUCAGGGCUGCACACGUCGUUUACGAUGACGACAAGAACUCUCCGGCUGCAGCUGCAGCCGCGAAGAAUGAGCUCACCCAACAAAUAUUCACCAAGACAAUGACAAUCCAGGUUUGGAGGCCCGAAUUCGAGCGCCCUGGUCGGCACUUCGUUUACACCACCCGCUACGCAUACUUCUUUGUCAGUCUUCUCGAUCAGCUCGAUGAUCGAGUCAACCUCGACCAAUUACUGCGCCGAGUGCGGAAAAAACAGGGUGACUUUAUCAACCACGGCAAGCUCUGGGAGGAUGCCUCUCUCACCUAUGCCAAAGUGAUUAGAAGAGCUGGUCAUAUCAGCGAAGGACAUGAAGACGGCGUCUUCAAGCCCAUUGGAUGGGAAGAAUUCGUUACCAACACUGCCCGCCUAGAGGAACUUUCGCAGCUGUCACUGGAGAGUCCAUCUCUUCUCGAACUGCUUCGGGACGCUAUCGAGCUGAAGAAGCUGAACAAUAACCUGAUGAAGGUCUCGCUACUCGAAGAUCUCAUUGCAGAUCUCUAUGCCCGAUUGUAUGAAGUCAACAUGCCGCAAGUCAUCGAGCAAGCCAACGAAGAAAACAAGGAGAGGAUGAAGGUUGAUCACCUCCUGAUGGGUAGUGACGGUGUCGCCGACACUCCUACCCCUCCGACCUCAGCCCCGGCGUCCGAGGCGCCCGCCCCUCGCGGUCGUACAAAGGGUAUCGCACGACGCGAUAUCCAAAAGCGAGCCGAGACAAUUGUCAACCGUAAAGUCGCACCACGCGUUCCCACCGCCAAAGCCCCUGCGAUUACAGAAGCCGAACAGGCCAACACUUCCGAGGCUACCCCAACUUCCGCUCCCAAGCCGAUCAAACCUGAUCUUCUUGAACCGGCUACCGAAGAACUCGGGGCCGGACAACAGAGCGACAUUCCGAACAGCUUGCACGAUAGCGCAGAUGAUGAGAGCGAGCUCAGCGAAAUUGAUGACGAGAAAUUAUCCAAGCUGACAACCGAGCGCAAAUUAUUGUUCCCUAACCUUGACGAUCGGGGGUCUAUAGACCCCGAGUCGGAACUGGAAGGGACGCACGAGAUUACAGGCGAUCUAGAAGAGGAGGGAGAAAGAGAGGGCGAUACCGAGCUUAUAGAAGGUGAAGGCGACACUAUGGUGGAAGAAGUCGAAGACACUGCAGAUGGCGAUGACGAUGAACUGGAAGGUGACGAAGAGAAUGAAGCCGGUGGGGACGAAGAAAUAGAGGGCGAGGGCGAGGGCGAGGGCGAGGAUGAGGAUGAGGACGAAGGAGAUCAGGAAGACAAUGGCGAACCAAAUGACACUGUUGACAUGGAAGGUCUACAUGACGGCGAAGACGGUGAUGGUGACGGUGACGGAGGCGACGACGACGAAGAUGUCGACGAUGACGCUGAACAGGCCGAGCAGGCCGAGAUUCCAGGGACAGACCAGGAAAGCGAAGAUGAAUCUGAACCCGAACCAAUGGAAUCCUAGACAAGCCUUGUUAUCGUGAGGUGGGAUGAAUUAUCGAAUCCAUCGAACUAGCAGGACAUUACCAACAACACUAUGAUUGUGCUUUCGGAUUCUGUGUUAUGUGAAAUGUUGUUCGGCGGGCGUUUAGGAGACACUAGCAUCUAGGGUUUUUUGUAGGGCCGACGUGAAGUGUGAAUCAUGCAUGUAUCAUAGAGAUUAUUAUGAUUAUCAACAUGAAGAAACCAUGGU